CAAAGGGUCCUGCCAUCAUCAAGCCGCCAAGCAGCGAUAUCGUCGUCGCGGUUCUGUGGAAUCGCUCACUGUAAAAAAAGAGAGACCAAGAAAGCGCUGUUGAAGCUUCGCUCACCCCGUCCCGCAGCAAUGGGCCUGGCCUACAACACGUAUCUCACCAGCAACAAGAUCUACGGUUGCAAGACAUGCAAGGCGCAUCUUGCGAACCACGAGGACAUCAUCUCUCGGAACUUCCGGGGUCAGCAUGGCAAGGCCUACUUGUUCCACCGUGUCGUCAAUAUUGACACCGGUGACCCUAAUGAGCGUAACAUGACCACCGGCCGCCACAUUGUCCGUGAUAUCGCCUGCCAUCAGUGCAAAGAAACGGUGGGUUGGAAGUACGACAAGGCCUUUGAGACUUCUGAAAAGUACAAGGAGGGCAAGUUCAUCCUUGAAGCCGAGUUGCUAUGUAACGUCGCUUGAGUGUUCACAUCAUUUGCAUGAUUCCAUUGGGAUGGGUCCUGUUUUUGCUUUUAUUUCGUUUUCUUCUUGGCUUCAACAGGCGUUCAACAGCUAGUUUCAGGCAAAGCAGCAUCCUUGGGCUGGAGUGAUGGUUUACGGGGCCGAAUUUAGACAUGUUAUGUAUUACUACGCUU